AUUAGAUUUGUUGCGUUACCUAACUUUCUGCACUUUUCAAAAAGUGUAAAUUCUUAUUACUUAGAUGAUAUUUUUAAGUAACCAAUGAGGAUUUGCCCGUUUUGUAAAUGCAGAAAGUAUAGGUACCGAGAACAAAUUUUGUCAUUUGGCAGAAAAGGAGGGAAAGACCAUGGAAAAGACGACGCUUAGUUAUAGUGUUGAGUUAUAGCUGGUGACACAGUCACCGUCGGGACAAUGGUUAAGGUUUAUACAAGAAUUAAAAGAGACACUAAUGCAUGGAGUAAGGUUUAAGAUUAACAUUAUUGUUAAUCUUAGUUAACACAAUGAAUGAUUUAUAUGAAGAGGACUUUGUAAUUGUACAGUUUGAUAGAGCAGUUUCAAGAUGAACGCUGAGCACCGUGCACGUAUUGAAAGCUGUUGUGAUGCAGUCAUUCAUAAGAUUAAUAUGUCAAUACUUUGGCCCAAAUUACUUCAACGAGAAAUCUUUUAUCCAGAUGAUGUAAAUAUACCAGAAUGGACAAAUGAUCUAGGAAAUGAAGAUAUUAAAAGAAAUAUAUUUCUGAAUAUUAGGACGAGAGGUCCUAAUGCCUUUGUAAAUUUAUGUGAUAGUUUAAGAGAAACUGGACACACUGAGAUUGCAACUUUGCUGGAAAAUGGGCAAAUGGCCUCAGAUAAAAUUAUUUCUAAGUCGCACAUCAGCAAUGUGCAAGAAGAGGAAGAUUUUGAAGAAUUGCAUGACAGAUUUUAUACAGUUUUGAAAAAAACGAAUACACCUCUUCAGGUGAAAGUUAAAAAAGCGACACAAUUUUUUGAUGAUCCAGCAGAAAAUCCAUUUGUUGCACGAUACAGAAUGCGUAGUAAUCCCCGUGGUUAUGCGCUUAUUAUUGUAAAUAUUGAUUUUGGUAGAAACCAAUCUUUCAGAGUUGGUGCUGAACACGAUGCAGAAAAUACAAAGCAAUUGUUUACACAAAUGGGGUUUAAAGUGUUUCUUUUUAGGGAUUUGAGUGCAAAGAAUAUGGAAACACAAAUAAAAGAGUUUGCUCAGAAAGAUUUCACUCACGUGGAUAGCAGUUUUGUAAUAAUUAGUAGUCAUGGUAGUCAAUGUACAGAUACUGAUUUUAACAAUACUUUGAUAACUGGUACUGAUGGUGAUAAGAUUUCGUGCGACUCUAUUAUGGAGUUUUUCACAGCAUCAGCCUGUCCAACUCUUGCAGGAAAGCCAAAAGUGUUUAUCUUUCAAGUUUGCAGGGGAGAGCAGGUGCAGUGUGCUGUAAAACGAACUGUAUCAGAUACUCAUAUGUCAGACUAUCCAAAUUGGAUAAGCUUUCCAAAACAAACUAUACGAAACUAUGAUGAUAUGUUUGAAGUGUAUUCCACAUUAUCUGGUUUUGUAUCUCUUCGUGAUACUGUAAAUGGUAGCUGGUACAUACAGGUUCUCUGUGAAGUUUUUAUGAACCAUGCUCAUUCGAGACACAUCUUAGAUUUACUUCAUGAGGUUGAAAGUCGUUUAGCCACUUUGCGUACUAAUAUCAAUAUCUGUCAAACAGCAGUGGUAACUUUGAAGGGAAUCACAAAACAUUGUUAUCUACAUCCUGGUCUCUUUGAGGAUGAUCAAGCUAAGUCCUAAGACUCUUCCCUUAUUAUCGUAUAUUCUACAACUUUUAUAUGAUAUAUACAUUUUUUAUGGAUAUAUAGUUCAUCAGUAUAAUGAUUAUAACUUUUAUGUAAUUAAAACAAAUACUGCCACGUAGUCUUACCUUUUAUUGCAUAUCUACAAUAAAGUAAAUGAAAUAAAAGAUAAUUAUCGGUGAGUUCCAAGGUUAA